UCAGUUUGCGGCGCAGACUCGACUCGUUUAGUUCGGCGUUUUUCGUGUUUUGAGUUUUGAGUUUCAAGAAAAGCGACAAGCGCGCGCGGCUUUUCCACCGGCAGCGGCAUUUUCCUAACCGUUUUUGUGAUUCCAUUUUUUUUUUUUAUGGUUCUCGUUCUUGUUGUUGUUUCUUGCUGAGCGGUACAGGCGGUCCACCUGCGAUCUGUAUUUGUAUUUUGGUGGGCGAGUGCAUCUGCCUUUUUGCUGGCGAGUGCCACAAUUGUCGCACGUAAUCGUGCUGGCAGUUACGCCUCAGAAAGCAGCCCAAAAAAGUAAAGUAAAAUACAUAAAACAAAAAAAAAAAAACACACACAGCCAUCAGAUACAAGAUACAAAAGUAUCUGAAACACAUGCGUUACGCUCAGCUGACUCGACGCGUUUUUGAGUCUGUAUGUGUGUUAGUGUGUGUGUGUGUGUGUGUGCUUAGCUUAGCUAACAAAUUGGUUAGAUAAAUUAAGCAAAAACUGUGAAAUUCGCAAACGAAAAAUAACCAAAAAGUAAAAACGAAAAAGGAAACUGAAAGUAAACAGUGCCGCGUAAAAGUAAAUUUUAAACCUAAAAAAGCAUAUAGAGAUCCUCCAUAAUCAUUGCCACCAUUAUCGCAUCGUAGUUCAAUCCCCGCUCCUUUCCCGCGGCUGGCCGAAAAAAAUAUAAAAAGCAAAAAAAAAAAAAAAAAACAUGUCACAAUUCCGCGAUAAUUCAUGGCUCGCCAAUGCACGAUCCUAUGGCGUUUUAAAGAGCCUGCGAUGCUCGGCUCGUUAUGCCAAAGCCAAAUCGAAGUCGGCCAUUAAUCUGAAUGCCCACCUGAAGAAGCAGCAGAAGCAGGAAGAAGAGCAGGCCGAAAAGAAGAAGAGUCAGGAUAAGAAAAGGCUAAGACAAAGCCUGAGCGAGGAUCAGGAUCCGAUCUACGCGAAUGUGGAUGAGGUGAUACCGAUUCCAACCGAAAUCGGAACCCCAGACGAUGCACUAAUGGGUAAUGCACAGACGUCAACGAUGAACCACCUGCGGGUGCACAAAUUCAAGCUGGGCGGCAAAGAUAAUGCCGCCAUGGCCGAUCUACCCCAACCGGAUAAUACGAACAAUAACAACAAUGUCGGCAAUAACAACAAUCAGAAUGGCGGAGCCAAAGGAUUUCUGGGCAGGAUCAAGCGUUAUUCUGUGCUGGGAAACAAACUGGGACGACGUCAUCUAGGCAGUAUGAAUCUGAAUCCAAGCAAUAACAGCGCCGAUAAUCCAGUUUCACCCAGUAAACUUCACACCGGUAGCUAUAAUAUGACCGGUAGCCAUUCGGACGAUCAUCGUUUAGAAAUCGGAGCUCCGGUUUUGAUAUCCACCACCACCUUGGAUACAGAUCGUUUUGAUGUCACGGAAGCGAGACUUAAACAAAUUGGAGGCGGCAUCGCACUGACCUCCAGUAUUGUAAGGACCCUUACACCAAAAAGUUCGGAUGAUGAUGAGUUUGUGGACGCCAGGAGCAGUCCGCAGGAAAUGGAGCGGGAUGGGGAUCUUCAGAAGCACGAAGACCAGAAAAACAAUGAUGAACCGGAUCUGAAGGGACCACAAGCACAGGAAAAUGGGGAUCCCGAAGACCUUGAGGAACUGGAACACUUUGAGACCCCCAAACAUCAGGUGGAGGAACCAAAGGAACCGCAAGAGAUGCUUCCUCAGGAGGUAAAACCACCUAAGACUCCAGAACCCACCGCCAUAGAGCCUCCAAUGAGGCGACCACGUAUUGCCCGCCAGCAAAUGCAAUCGCAGUCCGUUCAGAAUCUGCAUCGAACCGAACUCAAAGUUUAUCUGCACAAGUCCAAUUCGAUGGCGCUGGACAUGAAUGUCACCGCCCCGGCGAAACUGGGCUUGGACCUGAACCUGCCCGAGUUACCAGAGCUCUAUGGAGCUAGCGAACUCAGUUUGGCGGCCAGUGAUAAUAAGGAAAAUCAUCUGCCUGUGGUGAAACCCGCCAUGGAACGUUCGCCUAUCCCCAAUGGUGGAUUUCUGGCCCAGCAGCCCCACUUCAAGAGUCUGGACUCGUUUCAGCUGAAUACCCACUCGCAGCAGAGCUCCCAGCAAAGUUUGGCCUGCAGCAGCAAUGGCGGGGAAUUUGACUUUGAUUUGAAGUCCGUUAGCUACCAGAGCCUCAAUGCCCAGAAUCUGUUUGUGUCCAUUGACGAGCUGCAGGAGCUGUCGCGGCAGAUCAAUGAAACCGAGGAAUUCGGCAAGGACAUCGACUUGGAGUACUGCACACAUCGCGAUCAAUUGAGACCCAGUGAGCGUAGGAUCACGCUGCUGAAGAACAAGAACCAAACGCUGAUCAAUUUCAAUCACAACAAGGAGAAGCUAAGGAAGGGCUGGCACGGCAUGAAGCACUGGCUGGGCGAGGAGGGCACCAAGAUCAAGGAGGCAGUGCGUCAACAGACCCCGCUAAAGCGUCUCGCCCAAUCCCGUAGCAAUCUAAAUCAUUCGACGGCCGAUGCCAGUCGUCAGUCGAUGUCGCCGGAACGAAGUCGCCGUGAUAUGACCGAGAGUUGCGAGGAUGUCACCGAACGCACCGAAAUGGAGUCGUCCAUGUCGCAUCGAAACAGCGAAGAGGAUCUGUCGCCGCAUGCCAAGCGGUUCAAGGAUGAGGGACAGAACGGCUUCGAGGAACUCCGGCGAUAUGUGAAGCAGGGCGGCGACUUCAGCAAGGAGCUCAUAUUCGUCCUGCAGGAGAGGGCUGACUCGGAGCUGAUCUACUCAAAGUCGCUGUCGAAGCUGGCCAACAAGCUGAACAAGGCUGGCAGGGAAAUCCCGGGAAGCGUGGCCGAUGCCUGGCGUGGAGUGGCCACGGAGAUGGAAAGUCGCAGCGACAUCCAUCGCCAGUUGGCGGCCUCACUUACAGAUGAGCUGGUCAAACCACUGAAGACCGUCGUCGAGGGACAUCACAAGGCACGCAAGGCGGUGGAGAGCAAUGUGGACAAGGCGGCUCGAGUCCUGGGCGAGUGGCGCGCCAGCGAGGCGAAGGCCAAGAAGGCAUCCCACACAGCGGCGCGCGAGAACGAGAAGCUGCAGGACGCGAUGCUGGACGUGCGCAUCCAGAAGUCGCCAUCGAUCGCCCUGCUCCACCAGGGACCGAACAAGCAGGCCGCCGAAAAGGAGCUCAAGUCGGCGGAGAAGGACUGCGUGAAGUUGGACAACAAGCGCAAGAAGGCCGAGGAGGCAGUGAAGCGGGCGGAUGUGGAGUACUACACCCUGUGCGUUCGCGCGGAACGAGCCCGGGUCGACUGGGAGAUGGCUGUGCUGCGGGGAAGUGCCCAGCUGCAGAGCAGCGAGCAGCAGCGUUUGGGCAACAUGCACAACUUCGCCCAGCAGUAUGCCCGUCUCAUCUCGGACAUGAAUCCCAUCCUCGGCGGACUGAGCAGCAGGCUGCAGCCGCAGCUGGAGGCCUGCAAUGUGGCCAAGGACAUGCAGGUGGUGCGCCACAUCCGCCGCAACUCGGAGGGGCCCAGCGAGCAGCUGCUGCCGGACUUCUACUGCGAACAUACCACACUGGCCAUGAACCGGGAGCGUCGCAAGCAUGCGCUGAUCAAGCUCCUCCAGCUGGUCAAGACGGAUCUGGAACGGGAGCGACGAUCCCGUGACGGAUUGAGGGGCUUGUCGCAGUCGCUCAACCACCAGGAGCACCAGAACAUCACCGACAAGCUGUAUCACAUCCGUUCCAUGCUGACCUACUUGGAGGGCGCUCGUCUCAAGCUGCACUCUGCCCUCCUGGAGCUGGACCACAAGCCCAGGACCACUCAUCCACUGGCCCAGCACAUUCAGAUCACCCGUGACCGCACUGGACUGCAGCAGAGCAUCCUUAAAGUGCCCAAUUGGCUGAAGAACAACGACAAGUCGCAGACGCAGCAAUCGACGAGUAUGCUGGCGCACGACGUGACCGAUAUAACCAACAACCACGAGGAUGAGCUGCCGGAGGAGAACUGCUCCCAUCUGCACAGCAGCAGCAACAGCAAUAGCAACAACAAUAGCAACAGCAACGGAUCCUGCACGGACAUCAGUUCGGUGGUGAAGCAGUUCAACCGGAGCAAGAGCAACAUCGAGACCAAUUUCACCAGCCAACCAAAGAUAAUCUCGACUACGAAUGCCGCGGUCGCUGCAUCCGUCAAGUCCAAGACUCUGGCCAAUCUCCAGGAUGGCCAGCAUCAUCACAAUCACAAUCACAAUCACAAUCACCAUCAUCACAGCGAUCGCGGCCAGGCGGACGGUGGAUCCAAUCAGCAGGACUCUGAUUUCGAUGAGUUCAGCUCGCAGGACGAGGAUGACGAGCCGGAGAAGCCACAGCCACAGCAGCAGCAGCAACUGCAAAACUUACCCAUCAAGUCGCAAGUGCAGACGCAGCAUUUCUAUCAGAAUGCGCAGGAUCUGCAGAAGGACGGAUCCGGUCCGAUAUUGGGGCGCUGCAAGGCGCUCUACAGCUACACCCCGAAGCUCUACGACGAGCUGGAACUGAGUCCCGGCGACAUCAUCGAGGUGCAUGCCAAGCAGGACGACGGCUGGUGGCUGGGCGCCCUGCGCAACCACAUCGGCAUCUUCCCGGCCACCUACGUGGAGGAGUGCGCCUGAGUCCACACCCGGAUUAUCCAGGCUAUCCAGGAUCCCUCCAUAGCUAUUUAAGUGCGAAUGAGUGAGUGCGACUGCCAAAAAGGAAGAGUGUGUGUAUCGUAGAGCGAUUUGUUUGACAUAAAACCAUUGAAGGAGCAACUGAUCCCCAAGCGAUAUCUAAAAUUCAAGGCGAAAUAUCCACUUUGAAACUGCCAAUUAUUAAUUUAUCUGUAACCGAAUACCAUUCAUAUUUUACCUUAACCUUAAUUACGAAAAACAUAAAGAAAUCAUUGAUUUUGUA